UGGAUAACAGGUUUCAAGUAGCAACCAUGUACAUAUAAAAUGAAGAGAAAAAAGAAAAAGAAAAAAAAAUUGUAUUGUGGUUGAAAAUUUGGAAAGAAAAUGGCGAUGGCUUCUAUGGCAUUUUGCGUGAACUCAGUGAGCUUUCAGAAUCAUGGCCGAUAUAAGAGUGGAAUGGUAUUUGCGAGUUUGGGAAACAAAGAAGCAGCUACUUUGGGAGUGAGGGUUACAGAAGGUGAGGGGAAAUUGCCGAAACUCGUUCUCUCUUCGCCGGCUGGUAGUGAGGCUGAGAUAUACUUGUUUGGUGGUUGCAUUACCUCUUGGAAAGUUCCCAGUGGCAAUGACAUUCUAUUUGUUCGUCCUGAUGCUGUUUUCAAUAAGAAGAAACCAAUAAGUGGAGGAAUUCCACAUUGUUUUCCGCAGUUUGGUCCUGGUGCAAUUCAGCAGCACGGAUUUGCAAGGAAUGUGGAUUGGACUGUUGGUGAUUCUGAGAAUGUGGAGGGAAAUCCCGUUGUAACUCUGGAACUGAAGGAUGAUUCUUAUAGUCGUGCUAUGUGGGAUUUCAGCUUCCAUGCUUUAUACAAGAUCACACUAAAUGCUAAAAGUCUUUCAACUGAGUUAAAAGUUAAAAAUACAGACAAUAAGGCAUUCUCAUUCAAUACUGCUUUGCACACAUAUUUUAGGGCUUCUGUAACGGGUGCAUCAGUUAAGGGGUUAAAAGGUUGCAAAACACUGAACAAACAUCCAGAUCCUAAAAAUCCAGUUGAGGGUAGCGAAGAAAGGGAUGUGGUCACUUUCCCAGGAUUUGUAGAUUGUGUUUAUCUUGACGCUUCAAAUGAGUUGGAGCUUGAUAAUGGAUUGGGUGAUAUAAUAUCUAUCAAGAACACAAACUGGUCAGACGCAGUGUUGUGGAAUCCUCAUCUUCAAAUGGAAGCAUGUUACAAAGAUUUUGUGUGCGUUGAAAAUGCUAAGAUUGGAAAUGUCCAGCUAGAGCCAGAACAAACUUGGACGGCUGUGCAGCAUCUUACCAUUGCAUAAUCAGUGACCAUGAUUCUACGUUUGCUAAGUUUGGAUUUGCAUUUACUUUGAAAUUCUCACUUCCCAGUGCUACUUGGCCGUAGAAAUGCUUAAGCUACAAUUUCAUGGUUUUGCUAGACGUGUGGUGGAAACGAGAUUCUAAGCUGGCGGCGCAUUAUCAAUUUUUUUUUUGUCUUAUUUGAUUUUCCAACAAUAUGUAUCUUCUCUUUUGUAUUUACUAAGCCACUAAUAGGUGGCCAGUGGCGAGGGAUAUGAUAAUUUGUAUCAUUAUUGUAAUAAACAAAAAGAAAAUUGUAAUAAAAUCUUGUAAUUUUGUAUCA